CAAAAAGCAUUACUUUUUUUUUUUUCUUUUUAAAAAAAAAAUCGCGUCCCUUUUUUUAACGCGUUUCUUUUGAUCAUGAGCGACAUUGAAUUAGAAUCAGAAUAUUACUAUGAAAAGACUGAUAAAGAAAAAGAUCCCGAUUAUGAAGAAGAAGAAGAAGACGACGAGGACGAGGAAGACGAUGACAACAGUGAAGAAGAUGAAGAAGACAUGAUCCGUAAAGAAAGACGACGAAGAAGAAGAGUUACCAUCUCACUUGAGAAUGCAACCACAAGCAAUGUCGAUCUUUUACUGAAGCAAGUGUUUGCUGGUUUUUUUCCAAGUAAGCACCUCAAGUCUAUUCACCCAUGAACUCAUCUUGUCGAUAGCCGUCAGCAAGGUCACAUUAACAAAGAAAUAUAAACGUAUUGAAGAACUCAAACCGUUGAUUCAGAAAUUCGGAUUGGAUCAGGAUGAAUUCAACAUUGUGUUUGAAAUGAUCAUGUCUUUUUCUUUGGGACCUUCAAUGAGCAGAGGACUCGUUCAAUUGUUAUUACCCAGAGAUGAUAUUGCCGAUGACUAUAUUAUUCGUAUUAUUGGAUCUGUUUCUCAAAGAGAUCAAAACCUGGGUGUGCUUGCAGAAUUGUUAAAGUGGACGAUUGCUGUGUUUGAUGUCAUUAGUGAUAAGCAAAGAUUAAAUCACUUGUAUCAUGUCUUUUUUCGCCAUUUACAUUAUGAAGAAUUAAGACGUAGUCUUUGUCAUUUACUUUACUUUCUGACAAAGAAAGAGCAUGUUACAAAAUACAGAGUGACAAGAUUGAAAGAAAUGAUUGAUGCAGAAAGAGAUAAUGCAGAAUUGAUUGCUCUUUUACUUGUUUAUCAGACAUAUGAUGCUUCUAUUAAUGUACCACACAAUGUCAGAUUGGCUGAUAUGCUUGUGUUUAGAAAUCCUCUGCCUCAAGUGAAACACAAUUUGACCAAUUUACGAAUACUCUGGAAGAAUGAUAUUCAGUUCAAGACAGACAUCAUUAAAGGGGAAAUCAGACUGCCUACUAUGAAACGAGUCAGGAUGUCCAAGAAGAAGAGACUGGAACAAGCGACUGAAGAAGCGAGAAAAGAAUUAAGUGUGGUGGAUGUGUCUGAUGUGAUCAACAGUGUAGAUCAUGUAGGUUUAUCAGACCAAUUGAGUAUGGUAUUACAAAAGAGAUCAUUACAAUAUGCAUUACUUUAUGACCCAGAAGGUACUGCUGUAACACGACUUAGUUACUAUAUUGUACAGAUCUUGUUUGAUCUAUUGAUCUAUGGCAAUAAGAAAGACACUGGUAAACAAGAAUUAGGAGACAUGUUGCGUACCCUUGUCAGGUUUACUCGGUUUACAAAGACACAGUUACCAGCAGUACAAAUCUUUUUAUACCGUUAUCUAAAGACAUGGAAUGGAUAUGAAUAUGAAGAUGAAAUCUUGACUUUGAUCACUUAUCUUAAGCCUGCUUCUUUUAAAGAGCUGAGUGAAUAUAUCCUGAAGCCUUUAUGCCGAUUGUAUGUUGCAUCUGAUGUGAAAUGGAAAUCAAAAUUGAUUCUGUGUUACACUGAAUGGCUUAAGAAUUGGGCGGCAUUAGAUUGGAAACAACAUGUACGCUUACGCAAAGAAGCAUCAGACACAAGUAUAGAUCAUUUAACAAGCUUGUUUGGUAAACUCUCGUUUGAUGUCAACUAUUUCCGUACCAUUCAGAAGUUUGUGGAGCAUGUAGAUAAGCUAUGUGUCUCUGGACUUUUGGCUGAAGAUGACCAUGUUUUAAUGCAGCAUGCUGGUCUUACCUUCUUUGAACUUGUUGCCCAAAUCUCAAGACAAGAUGACAUACCCGAUAUUAUUAUUCCUGCAGCUACUUUUGUACACCGUAAUUUCUUUUCAACCACAGCCAUGGCAGUCAGUAGAAUAUGUGGCAUUAUUCAUCAAUACAAGGUUGCUUUUGAAGAAAAUGACCGCAAAACGAUUGAUUGGAGUUCAAAGCAUACACAAGAGUAUUUGGAACAUUUUAAUACUUAUAUGAUGGACAUCUGUAAUUCACUAUGGCGAAAUCUAGGACUCAGUCAAUCAAAAGAAAACGAACAAGCCUUUUCGUUUACAGAGUAAAAAGAGAUGACUUGUAUCAAACUAUCCUUUCACUUACUCUUCUUCUAUAGAAAGAACAUUGAACAUUUCAUUCAACUCUGUCAACAUAAACAUGUAGAUUCAAAACUCGUCUUGUCCAUCACUCAUUCAGGUGCACUUGUUUCUUUUUCAAAACGAUUUAUGGAGGCAAAUAUCAACUCAAGUUAGACAUGAUAUCUAAUCCCCUUUUUGUUUAUAGAUAAUAGAGAAAGAUGAAAAA